AUGGUCACUUUUCCUACUGAUUAUUGGGCACCUGCACUUGAUGUUAACGUUCGUCGUCGCAGCUACUACAAUGUUGAGAAAUCGCAAAAACGUCAAUCUCGAGAACGCCUUUCAACGCUUGCAAUUCCAAAAGAUGUAAAGAAUGGGAAUGACAUGUCCCUCGUCUCAAGUCCUGUAGCUAUUCAAAAUGAAAACAACUCUUUUACAGAAACCGACGUAUCGUUGUCGUCUUCAAACGGUUCUAACGCCAACACCAGUACCUUGCUUACCCCAACAGAACCGAAAAAGAUGAAGUUGGUACAAAGUAUGCAACGUCUUUUCGUACAUGACUCUAAAUCACCGAGUAGUUCUCCAGUCGGAAGUCCAAAAGGGGAGGACGACGAUGCCGAAGAACUCUUUAACACGACGGCGGACAAUAAAAUGAUGUUAAAGGACAUUCUUACUCCGAGACUUGACAUCAAUAAUAAGUGUUUAUCGAGAAGUGACUCGGGUUGUUUUAGUGACUCGGAGUGCAUGUUAGUUAAAAAGUAUGGUAUAUGCGAGAAGGGCUGUAUAGGACAAGGUGCGACUGCAGUCGUCCGUUUAGCUCAUAAAUUGGAUCAAUCGGAUAAUGAAAAAACAUAUGCUGUCAAGUUAACCAGCGAGUUCUGUAUUAGCUCCACACUUCAACAUGUAAAUAUAGUUAGAACUGUAGAUUUAGUUCAGGAUGACAAUCUCGCUUGGUGUGAAGUCAUGGAAUAUUGUGCUGGAGGUGACUUGUAUUCCGCAAUCAAAUCUGGUCAUAUGACCACAAUUGAAAUAAAUUGCUGUUUCAAACAACUUAUUCAAGGCGUUGGAUAUCUACAUUCCAUGGGUGUAGCACAUAGAGAUAUAAAACCCGAGAAUUUAUUGCUUGAUGACAAAGGCCAUUUAAAGAUUACAGAUUUUGGUAUCUCGGAGGUAUUUAGAACUUGUUGGCAAGAAGACACACGUCUCUCUAAAGGAUUUUGUGGUUCUGGCCCGUACAUUGCUCCGGAACAAUUCGAAACAGAUAAAGAAUAUGAUGCCCGACUUGUUGAUGUAUGGGCAUGUGGCAUUGUUUAUCAUUGUAUGAUUUAUCAAGGUAUUCCAUUUCGGACCGCGACUCCCUCCGAUCCCCACUACGCAAACUACCUAGAAACGAGAAACAUUAAGCAAUAUGACCCAAUAGAAAAACUCCCACGUGGCUGUCGUGAUCUCUUGUACAAAAUUCUCGAGCCGGAUGUCAAAAAACGGAUCACGAUUGAGCAAAUUAAAGAGAACAAUUGGUUCAAGUCUAUUGAAGCUUGUACCGACUCUUCUGUCAUUCUUUCGCAACCACAUAAUCAUAUUUCUCCAGAAUGUCUAAAAGAGAUUCAAGCAUUGAAAAAGUAA